CUACCAAUCAAAAAAAUCCAACUAAUCAAGUUAACUACUAGCUAGAUCCCAGUCUCAAAGUUUCUAGCAGCUGCCAUGGCUUUGGUGGUGAGAGUUUUCUUGGCUGUGGUGCUGGUGGUGACGGCUGCUCUGAAGGUCUCCCAUGCAGCUGUUCACAAGGUGGGAGACUCCGCCGGGUGGACCACCAUUGGCGGUGUCGACUACAAGAAGUGGGCUGCCUCUAAGACUUUUCACGUUGGUGAUGUUAUCAAGUUCGAGUACAAUUCUCAAUUUCACAACGUAAUGCGCGUUACACACCCCAUGUACCAGUCAUGUAAUGCCACAGUCCCCUUGGACUCCUAUGCCACUGGAAACGACACCAUCACAAUCACCACCAAAGGCCACCACUUCUUCAUCUGUGGAAUCCCCGGUCACUGCCAAGCCGGCCAGAAGGUCGACAUCAACGUGCUCCGCCAUCCUUUGGCGGCAGCUCCAACUCCUGCAUUAGCCUCUCCUGCUGUUCCUGUUGCCCAUGUACCGGCAGCACCAGGUCCCAACAUGGCUGCUCCAGUAAAAUCUGUGAAGGGGCAGUUUGUUGUGCUAGGGUUGGCAAUUGCAACACUUGCUGUUCUUGUUUCUGGUCUUGCUUAGUGAUGAUAAUGAGGGAAUGUCCCUCAAGUUUAUUGGUUUAUAUGGACAGUAAUUUGAGUCUCUUCUUAAGGCUAUUUUUUAGGUGGGUAGUGAUUUUUAUACUUAAAUAUACAGA